UUCGGCGGAGAUAUUUUAUUUUGUUCACAGAACCCAAAACCCUAAAACGUUAUCCAGAAGGAAAAGCCCUCCGAUUACUCGACAGUUAUUUGCGUUCUGAUCAUAAUUAUUCUCCGUAAUCACAAUGUUUAUGUGACAGAACCACCGCUAGUGAGGGAGGGGCGUGUGGGAUUUUAUUAUUAUCUCUUAACAAGCCACUCAAAAGCGAAAGAACAAGAAAGGGGUUUGAGAAUUGAAGGAGAAAGGGGGUUUUCUUCUGCAAAUGGCUUCUUCUUCCGCUAUCAGCAGACCUUUUACAAGCUCGCCUUCUUUAUGUUUCUCUAAACCCCAAAUUCACAGCUCCCCGCUGUUGAUUAGAUUUCAUGGCCCUCCUCCUCCUCCUCCUAAUCAUUUGGUGAUUCGUUGUUGUUCCUCUGAUUUGGGUCCCUCGCCCGACUCCUUUAACGGCAGGAAACACCAAUUUUCUUCCAUGGCUCCUUUUGGUGUCGGAAUGGAUGAUGAUGCCAUGUCCAAACCAUCAUUUAAAUGGCGUAGAGUUUUGCUUAAAGUAAGUGGUGAAGCACUAGCGGGAGAUCAAUCACAAAAUAUUGACCCAAAGAUCACAAUGGCUAUAGCAAGGGAGGUUGCAACUGUUACUCGACUUGGCUUUGAGGUUGCAAUAGUGGUUGGUGGAGGAAAUAUUUUUCGUGGAUCAUCUUGGGCUGGAUGUAGUGGUCUUGAUCGCUCAUCUGCUGAUUAUAUUGGGAUGUUAGCAACUGUUAUGAAUGCAAUUUUUUUGCAAGCAACAAUGGAAAGCAUUGGGAUCCCAACGAGAGUCCAGACUGCAUUUCGAAUGUCAGAAGUUGCUGAACCUUAUAUACGCAGAAGAGCUGUCAGGCAUCUUGAGAAGGGAAGAGUCGUCAUUUUUGCUGCAGGAACUGGAAAUCCCUUCUUCACAACGGAUACUGCUGCAGCACUUCGCUGUGCUGAGAUAAAUGCUGAGGUGGUGUUGAAAGCAACAAACGUUGAUGGUGUUUACGAUGAUGACCCUAAGCGAAAUCCCAACGCUCAUCUUCAAGACUGUCUAAGUUACCAAGACGUAACCUCGAAGGAUCUUAACGUAAUGGACAUGACUGCAAUCACGCUGUGCCAAGAGAACAACAUUCCUAUUGUCGUCUUUAACCUCAACAAACCGGGUAACAUUGCUAAAGCCAUUAAAGGCGAAAGAGUUGGUACAUUGAUUGGGGGCACAUGGAAUUCUGAAGCAGCAAUGGCAUAGACUCUUCUCUCAACACUAAUUUGGUUGGCUGGAGUUUUGCUUACAAAGUUGCAGGUAGGCCAAGGGAUGGGUGAGUGGAAAUAGUCAUUUCUAUCUAUUUCUGUCACUUUUCAGAAAUCUGUCUUAUCCUCAUCUCUCAACAUUGUUGACUCAUAGAUAUAAUGGAAAAGUAAGGUUGCAGCAUUCAUUAAUGGUGGAAUUGGUUAUUGUUC